AUUUUUGUAAUAAACAUAAUUUCUACAUCUCAACUUUGUUUCUGCUUAUUUAAUAACUUUAUUAGUGAUGGCAAUAAGCCCAGAAUCAAACUUCGAUUUGAAAACAGAUCCUGAAAGCGCAUCCUUUUCUGAUUCUGGCGUAAGCAGCAGUUUCUCUUCAAAAACUAAUGCGAGUGCCUCUGUUUCAAUCAUACCCUCGCCUCCUUUAUCUGGUUUUCCUGGAUGCAUAGAUUCAAAUGGUUCCCCAUCAAUUGAUCAGUCAUAUCUAAAUUUUUCUAAUAAAACGUACCCAGGUUUUUCGGACUGUAGCAAUUUACCUAUGUCUGCUAAUCAUCCAUAUCCAGUGCCGUCCAGGCAUUCCUUUCCCCAGAGUUUUUUACCUAGUCCACCAUCAGCCUAUGCUUCAAGUUACAAUUCUUCACAUGGUAUUUCAAAUUCAUUUUAUCAACGUCAAGUUCCGUCUACUCCCUGUUCAGCUCCCAAUAGCAACUUCGGUUUGCCACAAAUAUUUCCCCAGGAUAUGUUACAAAAUUCCAUGCUUGUUAACAGGGAUCAACACAACGGUUCAGUUGGUUCUCUAGACAGUCAUUUCUCCCAACAUCGUGAUCAUGGACAGUUUCCAUAUUCUGACCCGUUUCAUUCUUCCGAUUUGCGUCCUCUUCACAUCACUACCUCACCUCGUCAGUUAGGUCCCCACAACAGCCAUACUACUUUGGGUGAUGUAACCUGUACAGAUUCCGUCGGAAAGAUUUCACCCCGAGAUUCACCCAAUGGCCUACCCGAUCAUUCUAUCACACCUUGUGGAACAGUCAGUUCUGGCCCUGGAUCACUGGUUAACUGUAGACCAUCUAGAAUCGUAGAAAGAGGUUCUGAAGUAUCUGCUGCCGACAGUAAUUCUAACGUUGGGUCCAUAAAAGCAACAUUCACCCCUUGCAAAGUUUGUGGUGACAAAGCAAGUGGCUAUCAUUAUGGUGUGAUUUCCUGUGAGGGUUGCAAAGGUUUCUUUCGUCGAAGUAUUCAAAAACAAAUUGAAUAUAAAUGUUUAAGAGAUGGAAAAUGUCUUGUAAUACGUUUAAAUCGUAAUCGUUGUCAAUAUUGCCGUUUUCGUAAAUGUCUUGCUGCUGGUAUGUCAAAAGAUAGUGUACGAUAUGGUCGAAUGCCAAGACGAACACGUGGCUCUGAUUGUGGAAGAGAUAAUACCGAUCAAUUAAUGCCAAUAGCGCAUAAUUCAUCUACAACUUCAAUGAGAAUUGAUUCAACUAUUGGUAAUGGUAGUGGACAUGUCUCAGCGUUUAUUCCACCACCUUCAUGUACCACAGAAAUAUCAGGUAAUUCACGUGUAACUGGAACAGUAAUGGCAGCUGGAAAAACAACAAAUACUACUACUAAUACUGCUGCUGCUGCUGCUCCUACUCCUGUUACCGGUCGUUAUGGUGUAUGCAGUAGACCACCGAAUGAUCAUCUUGGUUUAUAUGAAACUAUUUUAACUAUAAGUCAAGCUUAUCAAAAUUUCUCACCGUAUACCGAUGAAAAAAUUAAAUUGAUGCGAUGUAGACCAAUCACUUUGUCCAAUGUAACACGUGAAUUUUGGCCGGAGAAAGUAGACGAGCAUCGAUUGCGUAUGCAUGAAGAAUUAAGUCAAUUAUUAGCACCAUGUAUACAACAAGUCGUGGAAUUUGCCAAGCGUAUCCCUGAAUUCAGUGCACUUGGUCAACCAGAUCAAUUGGUGCUAAUUAAAGCAGCAUUUUUUGAAGUUUGGCUUGUUCAAGCUUCACGUCUCAUAUCCACACAUGAUCGUAAAAUAACCUUGGCUGAUGGUAAACAAAUUACAAAACAAGAAUUAGAUUUUAUUUAUUCACCAAGCAUUGUGUGUUCAAUAUUUUCAUUCUCCGAGAAUUUCAACUCAUUAGUAUUGAACGAUACAGAAGUUGCUCUUUGUUGUGCUGCUGUCAUUACCAAACCAAAUCGUUAUGGUUUAAUUGAACCAAAUAAAGUAGCUAUUAUGCAAGAUCAUCAUUUAGCUGCUCUUCGUAUGCAAUUAGAACGUAGUAGACCAAGAGAGGCUACUUUACUUGGACAAGUACGAAAUGUGAUUAAUCAAGUGACUACAGUUGGUGAUGAAGUACAGUUAUGCAUACGAUGGUAUAGAGAAAAUUGGUAUCGUACACGAUUAGCACCUUUAUAUGCUGAAACAUAUGAUAUUCCACAUGAAGAUACUUCUACUCUACCUGUACCUAAUCAAGGUACAUCCAAUGCUCUUUCUAAUCCUGUUCAACAUACAGGAAAUGCAUAUCCUAUAUGUCCAGAUAUUUCAUCUGUUUGUCCACAAGGUAUUCCAUAUGGUGAUGUUACUAAUACUAACUAUGGUUCUGCAACAGUCCCUAUUCCUCAAGCUGUUCAUCAUCAUUAUGCAAAUCAAUCUAUUAAUAGACAAGAUAUUUCUAAUAUGAUACCAUCUUGUUCAGUGAAUGAAAAUAUGAUUUAUUGCAAUAAUAAUAAUACUAGUAAUAAUAAUAAUAAUAAUCAUGAUAACAAUGGUAACCGACUACAAAGUGGUAAUAUUGAUCAUUGUUCUUCGGAUAGUCAAAUGCAUGAUGUUACGCAUAAACAAAAUGCGCAACAUCAAAUUCAUCAACAAUCACAUUUAAUGCCAGAUUCAUCUCAUAUGAGAGGAUCAUAUUCAUCAACUGUAAAUUUAACAUCAUCAAAUUCUGUCUCACCAUUAACUACUAAUCAAUCACAUGCAUUUUCUGGACAAUUUAAUUAUCAUGAUAAUUCAAUGAAUUAUAAUUUGUCGAAUUCGAAUACCUAUUCAAAUUCUAGAGAUUGUUCACCUUCUUCAACACAAAUGCAUUCAACAAACUACUUGGUUCCAUCACCGCAACAACAACAGCAACAACGAAGUCAGUUGUCUGUUUUACAAUCAUCUCCUCAAUUCACUUCUUCUUCUUCUACUUCUUGUUCAACAAUCACUUCACCUCAACGUCAAGUUAGUUCAUCGGUACAAUCAACUGGACUUAUACCGGCACAAAGUCAAAAUGACCAUAUGACUUUGAAUAAAUCAAUGAUUUCUGUGAAAAAUCAUAGUUCACGUUCAAAUACUCCUACAUCGUAUACUACUAACAAUAAUCUAAUGCGUCCAAAUAGUACAAAUGAAAAUUUAUCACUUUUAUGGACAAAUAUGAAUACUGACAAUAAUCAUAAUAAUAACAGUUUAAAUGAUCAUACAACUAAUUCAAAUGAUGCAACACCAGAACUACACCAAUCAACUCAAUCACAAAAUCAACAAUAUCAUACUUCACCAAUUUCACAACAAUCAGAUCUAAUGAAUACUACUCCUGAUACUAGUCAUAAUUUGAAUACAUUAUCUUCACCUAUUAAUGAGAGUUUAUCAAGUGAACAAUAA